CAUCACAGCACCCAGCACAACCCCCUUUGUAUCAUUUUGCGAAGUGUGCGAUUUCCCUUUCAGGAGGGAAGGAGUAGGCAGGUCUCUGAAGAAAAGCCAUGGGACGCAGCCAGCAUCUCCUGUGUGCAGCUCUCCUUGGGUUGCUCUCCAAAGGCAUCCUCAUCGCCGCUGGAAACUCUGCAGCGGAAACUACCACAGAGAUCAUCACGGUGAAGCAGUCAAGGAAGAGCAUCAUCUUGCAGUGUGAAGCAGAUAAGAACGCCAUGGUACAAUGGAAGAAAAAUGGGAAAGCUUUAAGCCACACGGACAAAGAGCUGCCUUUGGGUUUUGCUGUGGAUGACCCCAGAGGUUUCUACGAGUGCAAUAAUUCAAAGACGACUGACUCUCUGCACGUGUUCUUCCGAAUGUGCCAGAAUUGUAUCCACCUGAAUCUUGCUACGAUCUUGGGGGUUCUGGUGGCCAGCAUUGUGGCCACAUUUUUCCUGGCUGUUGCUGUGUACUGCAUUGCUGCAGAGAAGCCAGGCCAGCGCUCUCAAGCUUCCGACAAGCAGACCCUGCUGGCGAAUGAGCAGCUCUACCAGCCUCUCGGGGACCGCAGCAACGGGCAGUACAGCCACCUCCAAGCUGCCAAGAGGCGCCACCGGUGAGAGGGGCACCACUCCUUUACCUCUGCAACGCCAGACGGGAGGAUUGCUGAGGGAGGGAUGGCAACGGGAAUUCCCGAGGGAAGGUCACUUCAUGCGCAGAGGAGGACGUAACCUUCCUUUGAAUCUUGCUGGGCCUUCCUUUCACAAUGUGACCCCCCCCCCGCUGGCCUCCUCUUGUUCCCUCCCCUCAACUUUUCAUUCUGAUCCUAAAGGGCAUCAAUAGCUAAGCAAGUCAAAGGAUCUCCCACGCUCGCGGUUUCUGAAGUGAUCAAUUUCGAACAUUGUUAAAUCAUUUUGAGAUGUUUUAUAUGAAGCAAUUCAUAAGCAGAAUGAAAUAAAUAAAAACAUUUCAGCCCCAGGUUCCCUGUUGAGUAGAACCUAGAUCCGGAGCCCAGCACUUGAGGAGGUCCUUUUUUAGGUGCAAAAGAUAGGAAGGGAUAGUUCAGCUUCCAUCUCCUGCCUUUUCGUUUCCUUGCAUCCAAACUGUAGCUCAUCUCUGUGCAUUGCAUACCUUUCCAAAUAA